UAGAAUUAUGGGAAAUGCUCAAAAUUGCAAGUGGAGUUUCUUUCAGCAGGCUUGCAAGGAUGGCACACUUAAAAUGUAUAGAUAUUGGUAUUAACCUAACAGACCCUAUGUUUCGAGGAGUUUACAGAGGAAAUCAAAAACAUAAAGGUGACUUUGAUCAGAUAAUUGACCGUGCUGUCAAAGUUGGAGUCCAAAAGUUCAUGAUCACGGGGGGAAAUCUUGAAGACAGCAAGGAGGCCCUCAAAUUAGCAGAGUCCAGAGAGGAAUUUUACAGUACGGUUGGAUGUCAUCCAACACGCUGCAGUGAGUUUGAACAGAGUGGACCAGAUCAGUACUUCACAUCACUUAGGGAGUUGGCAACAUCAAACAAGGGCAAGGUGGUGGCCAUUGGAGAAUGUGGAUUAGAUUUUGACAGGUUGGAAUUCUGUCCAAAAGAAACUCAAAUGAAGUAUUUUGAGAAGCAGUUCGACUUGGCUGAGGAAACCAAACUGCCAAUGUUCCUUCACUGCAGAAACUCGCAUACGGAUUUCCUUGACAUCAUGAAGAGAAACAGAGACAGAUGUGUCGGAGGUGUGGUCCACUCUUUUGAUGGAACUAAAGAAGAUGCUGCUGCCCUUAUUGACCUGGAUCUAUAUAUUGGCAUAAACGGCUGUUCUUUGAAAACAGGAGCAAAUAUUGAAGCGAUGAAGUCCAUUCCCAGUGAAAGACUGAUGAUUGAGACAGAUGCUCCAUGGUGUGGGGUGAAGAACACUCAUGCGGGGGCCAAGCACAUCAAAACUACAUUUCCCACAAAGAAGAAAUGGGAGGCAGGACACUGCUUGAAGGACAGGAACGAGCCCUGCCAUAUCAUACAAGUGCUUGAAGUCAUGGCUGCUGCAAGGAAUGAGGAUCCUGUGGAGAUGGCAAACAUAAUUUACAACACCACUAUGAAUGUGUUCUUUACUGGAAGCUGAUUACAUUUCCUAAAAUACAUUUUCCCUGACCUAAUUUGAAAAAGCCUUUUGCCCCUAGGGAAGAGCAUUUCAUGCUACUCUUCAAGAGUAGUUUAUGUUUACACCAUCUGCCAACAGGGUCCAACUGCUCAUGUUAGCACUUGCUGGUAUCAAUCUGUGAAGUCCUCAGAAAUGCCUUAUCGCCAACUUUGCAUGGCUUAGGAAAGUUCCUUCAAUUAGAGUCAAAGAAGAAAUAAAAUACUCAUAACCAAAUAAAAAACGUUUUUUCAUAAUGAA